AAUAUCCGUGAGUCUCACGGCCAAACUGUGAGAUUUGGCAACCUUGGUUCAGAGAAUUAUUUUAUUUAUAUAAUGAAUUUUUACACUGAAGAGAGAAAGGAAGCAAUCUGAUGACAUGCCCUCUGUUUCCCUGUGCGUCGGAAUCACUUGACUAAGAAGAUGGCGGAGGCGUCUCCCGGUCAUACAACCGGGAACGUAAAUGGCUUCAUAGUCUUUUGUGCCGUGUCAUUUGUGUUUUUCACAUUGAGUUUAGUCAGAUAUGUAUUUGUUGUGUUCACUGUCUGGUCACUUGCAUUAGGGGUUGCUCUUGGGUUUCUGUUGUUAAGCAAUUAUCGUGAAAUUCCAAAUUUGCUGAUAUUGCUGUCACCAUCAAAAGUCCUAGAGUCAUUUUCAAAGUACAAUGUUGACAAGAAGAAGGAAAUUAAAGGCACCGUCUGCACUGCUUGUGGAGCAGCAAACUGCCCUAGACACAGGCCAGAAGUCUCAUUUGAGAGCCUAAAUCCAUGGGAAGGGCUAGAGAUACCAGAAACAGUAGAUAAGGCAUUCACAGAGUUUUUAGAAAUAUUACUUAGAACUCAUGUGUAUGCAUGGUAUUGGGACCUUAGCCAUGAUCAGAGAUUUGUUGAUGAAAUGAGAAAGAAUUUGCGUUUUUUGGUGUCAGUUCUCGUGCAUAGGAUCAAAAAGAUAGAUGUUCCGAAAUUUCUUCUUGGAAAAUGUCUAAAAAGAUUUAUGGUCCACCUGGACUGUUAUGCACGAACCAGAGAGCGAGUGUUACACGGUGAAGACCUGCAGAUGGCCACUCUAAACACGUUGGGAAACCAGAAACAUUUUGCAUUAGAAAAUGAAGCUACGGAGGUCGAUUACGUCAGAUGCCUCUCAGAGACAAUUAUUCCAUACCUAUUACAACCAAAUUUUCUUAGAUGCAGAUCUGCAAUAGUAUUCAUACGAGAGCUGUUAACGAACAUCAUUCUUGUUCCUACUGCAGAAAAGAUAGCUGACCCGGACUUUGUCAACCAGCUUUUGCUUGUGUUGCUUAGUGACGAGUCGCUGAAAGAGCCGACAAGACCGCCUAGCCCAAAUGUUAAAAUACUCGAAAACUUUGCCAAAGCAAGGUCUACACCCGCCAUAACGGCGCUGAAUCUGUCCGUGUUUGAUUUGAUCCACGACCCAAAACUGUUGUUGCCUUUUAUGCAUUUCAUGAGGAAGGAAGGAGCAUUAAACGUCCUCCAGUUCUGUCUUGAUAUCGAGGACUUUAACAAACGAAGCUUGGCACCAGAACUUUCGGACGAUGAGCAGAAAAGAAUUCUCAAAGAGGCUCAAGAAAUCCAUUUCUCGUAUUUUCGAAAAGACGCAGUUGACCGGAUAGAUUUCCCGGAACAAGUUGUCCAAGAAUUUGAAGAAGGUAUUGCCUCUCAUUGGACCGUAACAUCGAAACUUCGAACGGCUGAGCCUCUUUUCAAAGCCUACGAAUAUGCAUUUAACCUUAUUGAAUACAAAUUCGCUCCACUUUUUCAUGAAAGUGAUGAGUUUUACCGUAUACUCUGUGGCCCAAGAGAAGUCGAGCAGCCAAAGAAAGAACCAAUCAAAAUUCCUAAAAAGAAAUUUAUGCCGCUGGCUGAGUUAACGAGGCUGGCGAACCGUAUCAAGAUGAGAAAGAGAGUAGCUAAAGAAGAUAAGUCUCUGGCAAUUUUUCUUGAUGAAAUGGAACCAUCGGAAUCAUCUCCAGAGCUUUUAGAUGAAGAAGAAGAUGAAGUGGAAGAUUUUUCUGCUGGUUUAAUCACAGAAGAAGAUGUUGAUGUAUCAGAGAAAAGAGAUUUAAGUUAUUGGCAUAUUACAAUUCCCAGAAUUGAAUCAAUAUUUGAAAGAAAUAAAAAAGUAUAUGUUUUUGUUAUAAAUAUCGAGUCUAUUGGCACUGAAAAUGGAAUACGUGCAGAUACAAAGUGGCAAGUUUUAAGGAAAUACAACGAAUUUUUUGUGCUGGAUAGCAAACUACGUCGAUUUCAUGGUACUCUUCAUCGUGCUGAACUUCCUGGAAAACGAACGAUUCUGAAAAAAGACCUUGAUUUCUUAGCCACAUGUCGCCUGCCCUUUCAAGAAUAUUUACAGAGUCUGGUUCGAAACCCGGUUCUUCGUGGAAGCGGUUUGCUACACAUAUUUCUUUCACCCGGCUCGGAACUAACUGGAAUGUUCGAGCCGGAAAGUAUGGGGCGAGAAGCCGGACGAAAAAUACAGUCAAUAAAAAGCAAACUUGUCAUAGAGAGAGGUCAGAACCUUGACGAGUUUCUACAAGCUUUCCUUGCUUCGGCUGAACCACCAAAAAAGAAGAUCCCUCCAAAGCCACAAAAUGAAAAGAUACAGCGACCCACUAAACAAAGAAAGAAUAGUAAGCUUUAUUUACCAUCCAGACCUUGCUCGUGGGAAUUAGUACUAGGGAUAUUUUGGAGGUUCUACCCUCAAUUGUUGUUACAACAGAUUGCCAUUGAGAAUACGACGAAGAAUCUUUCAAAUGAAAUGACAAUUACUGAUUACAUAAUUUAUUCAGCCCGUUCAUUGCUGAAGGUUUCUCCGUUCUUGCACCAUGUUUUAAUAUUUGUUAGAUUUCUCGCAAAAAAUACCUUAGAUUAUUUUAUUGAACGAUUUGUCUCCUACAAAUUUGCACUGGCGACCCAAGAAGAUCAAAUUGUAGACUUAACUCAUUUAUUACGAGAUGUUGUUUUCUUCGACAAUGAUCCUCCAAGAACAGACAGCGAGAAAGUUGCUCGGAGGGACGAAACUUUUGAGAAGAUGAUGAAAUUUUUACCUGAUAUUGUUAAGAAGAUAAUUGGUAAUGAUACUCAUGAAUAUGGCAUUAGGUUGAUCUUUGAAGUUUUUCAGCAUCCGAAACUAAAUAAGCAGUUGGUUUAUACUCUUCUUGAUGAACUGGUUGUUGAGUUAUUUCCCGAGAUUUCCACACAGGAAGCAUCAAUCACAAAUGAUGCUCAAGAAGUCUACUGAACUGGAGGCCCGCUUCGGAACGAGAUUUGCUGAAGUAUCCAUCAAGGAGGUUAAGCGACCAGUUUGUUACCAUUGUCGACAGAAUGCCUAUGUGAGACCCAACACUGACUCGAGGCAAUAAAUUCAGAGUAUCAUUUCUAUUUAUUUAGAGACAGGAUAGUUCAGUAGGCAUUGGUUUAACUAAGGGAAAGAUUAUGACAAAUUAUAAUGAGUUUUUAUGAUCUGGUUAUGGUUUGCAAAGUAGGAUUAUGUUAGGUUCAUCUUCUUCAAACACAUCUACCCUGUGUACACUUGGCUGUAUUGAAAAAAACAGAAGCAUGAGGGAUUUAUCCCCAUUAUUGGAAUCUCAACUUUAGUCAGUAGUGCCUUAUGACUAGAUGAAUGCAUUUCUAAACUAUAAUGUGACUUAGAGUGAAACACUUCAGACGGAGCUGAGAUUCCAACAAUGGCCUAAAAGUAAACCUCAGUUACCAAACGUUUACCAUUUAUCGAAGAAGUACCCUCACUUAAUCCUAAUGGUAUAUUCAUUUAAUUUAGCUACUAGUUUCCAACAAACUGAUAAUUCUGUUGUUUUUCGUUUUUAAUAAUGAAUUUAAUUCAAAUGUUGUAAAUUCUCUCUGUUUACAAAUUCAGUUAAAAAUCCAACAAAGUGCAUCCUUUCAAUUUAUUUUUCCCAUCGUUUGUAAAUCAAUUCCAGCUAGAUUAUUUAUAGUUUAAUUUAUAAGUUUGUAUUAAAUUCAAGUAGUCUCGUUCAUUUUCAUAUAGUUUCAAUUUUUAGAAUGCUUCCUUACGCAAACUGGAACAAAUGUUGUGUUGAUGGGAAAUAGAUGAUAAUUCUUAAAUGUGCUUUUUACAAGUAGGACGUAGAAUUUUGUCUUAACUUAGAGUAAAUUAUAGUUGAGAAAUGAAUCAAUCUUUAUCGUGUUGUUGUUA